UUGCACCUUCAUACAGCUGAAAAAUGGGUUUGUAGGUGUUUCAUUCGUACAAUAACAAGAUCUAUUAAAUGACAAUUUAAAUGAGAAAGGAAGACGUAUUGUAGAAUUUGGCAUAUAUAAAAUAUAUGGAUGGCGCAGUUCACUUGGUAUCACCAACAAAAAUGUGAUGAAAAUGGUAGAAACAAAAUCCCUAACGACCAGGUACCUUUAUGUUCCAUUACGGAUGUUCAGUUGAGAUUCCUUUGUCCGGAUGACAUAGAUGAUGUACGCACUUUGUGCCAAGAUUGGUUUCCUAUUGAUUAUCCGCUUGCGUGGUAUGAAGCAAUUACCUCAAGCUCCCGUUUCUUUGCUUUGGCGGCUGUAUACAACCUAGCUAUUAUUGGUUUAAUCGUGGCCGAAAUAAGACCUUAUCGUCAUUUAAGUAAAGAGGACAAAGGUAUUUUACCGGAUUCAAUGGGGCGCACUGCAGACGUUGGUUAUAUAUUAUCUUUAGGAGUUCAUAGAAAACAUAGGCGUAAUGGAAUAGCAUCGCUGUUAUUAGAUUCAUUAAUUCAUCAUUUAACGACGGCAGAAAGAUUUAGUGUGAAAGCCAUUUUUCUACAUGUAUUAACAACUAAUCAGCCAGCAAUUUUAUUUUAUGAAAAACGAAAGUUUCGUCUACAUUCAUUUUUACCUUAUUAUUAUAAUAUAAGAGGAAAAGGAAAAGAUGGUUUUACGUAUGUAACAUAUAUAAAUGGAGGACACCCACCUUGGGGCUUAUUAGAUCAUAUUAAAUAUUGGAGUUCAAAAAUUUUAUCAGUUGGUGGAUUUUGCAGUUGGAUUGGAAGCCGUAUUCAGCACGUUUUUCAUUGGUUGUUUCGUAGAACUGUUUCAAGAUUUAAUUUUGCACAUUGAGGACUAAUUUGAAUUUAUUUUUUGUUUUUAACAUAGAGUUUAAACUGAAGAAGUUUUUUUUAUAUUUUUUCAAAUAUAUGUAUUAUUUUUAGAUAAAUACAUAUAUACAGUCUUACAUACACGUUUUCUCAUAAAAAUUUGUUACGGUUUCUAUGUAAACAUACACACAUUAUGUAUGUACAUAUAUUUAAAAUUUUAGCUACAAUUUAAAACAAAAAUCUGUUAAAUCUUUAUUUAAUAUUUAUUAGAAAAAAAGUAUUUAUUUCACAUAUAUAGAAGAAAACCUUAACAGAACUACAAUUUAAUUUUUCAUAUGUAUUAUGUUAUUAAGUUUUAAAAAGUGAAUAACGUGUAGGUUCAAAAAUGAUAUUAGCGCAAAUAAUUUAUAUGAAACCAAAUCGUUUAUUAAAUUGCACAAUUUUUUUUUUUUAAAUCGUUUAAGGAUUAUUGUAAUUUUAUUGAUAUGGAAUGCAUUCUUCAAAUAUGUGAUUAUUAAAAAGAAUUACAAGUUUGAUUUACGCCGGCUAUAAAGUAGAUUUUUUUAGUAAAAAAGAACAAAAUAUAAUAAACAUUUAAAUUUGAUUAUUAAUAAUAAUUUAAUUUCAGUUUUAAAAAUUAAUUGUUUUUUUUUUUGACUUGCGACAAGUUAGUUUUUAUUCAAAAGUAUGUAUAUGUAUAUUAAGUAAUUUAUUUAAAUAUGGAAAAUAAUUUGGAAAGGUUUUCUUACCUAAUCAAUCUUUGGUU